AUGGUAAACAGAACUAGGAUUAACUCUACACAUGGACUUGAUGCCUUUGGAGUAUCCCAGUUCCAGGAGGCCAUUGGUGUUUUCUUCAUGGUUAUGCUGAGUGUCAUUGCCUUGGUUGCCAACACAGCAGUCCUGGUUGUUAUUCUCAAAACACCUCUACUGAGAAAGUUCAUCUUUGUCUGCCAUCUUUGCUUUGUAGAUCUGUUGUCAGCCAUUUUCAUCAUGCCACUGGGGAUUAUCUCCAGUUCCACAUGUUUCAACAGAAUUUUGUAUAGCAUUGCUGAAUGUCAGACACUGAUCUUCUUGAAUGUUUGUUUCAUUAGUGCUUCCAUUCUCACCAUCUCUGUUAUCAGCAUUGAACGUUACUACUACAUUGUCCACCCCAUGAGAUAUGAAGUUAAGAUGACUACUGGGCUGGCCAUUACUGUUGUGGUUUUCAUCUGGAUUAAGUCUAUGCUGGUUGCUGCUCUGGCACUAGUAGGCUGGCCCCAAGACAAUGGUGCUAGCAGUGCCAGUAAAUGUACUGUCAAUUGGAGUCCUGGAGCCCACAAGAAGAUUUUUGUGAUAAUCUUCAGCAUUCUCUGCUUCAUACUGCCUACUUUAAUUAUCUUUGCAGUAUAUGGUAGCAUCUACAAAGUGGCCCGCAUUGCAUCCUUGCAACACAUUCCUGUCCCAUCCUGGACAGCUGCACCCAGACAAAGGUCAGAGUCUAUUCACAGCCAAGUUACCAUCAUCACUACCAGGAAUAUGCCUCCUAGACUGUCUCCUGAACGAUUUUUUGGUGGGAAUAAAGCAGCCCUGACCUUGGUGCUGAUUGUAGGCCAGUUUCUCUGCUGCUGGCUUCCAUUUUUCUCCUUCCACCUCCACUGCUCCUUUAACUCUGCCUCUUCAGUCCCUGAUUCUAUUGAAAUAGUUGUGACUUGGCUAGCUUAUUCUUCCUUCGCGAUCAACCCUUUCUUCUAUGGAUUGCUAAACCGCCAAAUCAGGGAAGAGCUGGCCAAGAUGGGACGACACUGCCUCAGCAAGCCUCUGAACCAGGACUUUUGUAUCUCCAGCCCAGAAGGUUCUAUCCAUGAGAAUUUCCUCCAGUUCCUCCAGAGGACUAGUUGCACAAUAGAGACCCAUUCCAGCUAUGUUAAUUCCAGCCCCAGGAACACGUUGGACCAGACUGCUAUGGGAUUCAGAAUCCCAGGACAAAUCCCAGAAGAAACCAACUGA